AAGAAGCGCCACGAGGAUUAGUUUACAUACUACCACCAAGCUCCCGCAGUUAAGGAGGUCGUAGCAGAGCAGCAAUGGAGCCUGCGGUCGGUACGAGGGCGCCCCUCCCUCUCCCCGCCGCGGGGAGGCCCGUACUGCUGGCGGCGCGGCCUCGCGGCUGGUUCGCCUCCAUCUCCGCUCCAUCCUCCUCGUCCAGUGGCGGCGGUGGCGGGGACCGCUUCUCCGCGGGCGGCGGCGGCGGCGGGAGGGGAGGCGGGGACGACUCCGGCGCCGGUGCUGCAGCGGCCGCCGCGGCUCUGGGUGAGCCCGACUCGUCGGACGCCGACGCCAUCGUGGUCCAUGUCGGGGUUACGAGCUGCUGCGUGUGCCUUGUUCGCGUGCAGGGGAUGUCGUGCGGCGGAUGCGCUGCCAAGGUCAAGCGGAUCCUCGAGAACCAGCCUGAGGUUGCUUCAGCCACGGUUGAUGUUGAGAAGGCUACCGCCGUUGUGUGGACGACACCUGAAGCGAAGGCAACCAAAGAUUGGCAGAAGCAGCUGGGCGAGAAACUGGCGAAUCACCUCACCACCUGCGGAUUCCACUCUCAUCUGCAAGGUGAAGGCGAAGCUGAACAGACUGAUGCUUGACCUACGCACUUGCCAAUGAGUGCCCAUGAAGUUCUUACCAUCGAGGCAGAGUCCUUGCAGGAAGACAGUUCCUCCUAGUUGAGAAGCAGUGCAGGCAUAAUAUGGCAAUAUGCGGCUCCACGAAGUAGUACAUUUUUACUGAGAGUUAUACGGUUUUUAAUAACAUUAUUAUUAUGCUUGUACUCUACUCGCAGUAGCAGCUACCAGAGCAUUCUUCCAUCCUGAACCACAGACAUUUCAUUAUUUGAAUUGUCAACUGUCAAUCCAAGAGUUUAUUUGCAGAACCUUCUUGUUUCUUCAAUCAAUGAGCUUGCAAAA